AUGCAACAUACCUACGAAGUAAGACUUGAAAAUUUACCAUAUUUUUGGGCAAAUGUAUGCUGCGGCAUGCGUAACGGAAACAUAACAGACUUCACAACCUUAUUUUUCCGGGUCCUUGCCAGUGUGGCGUUUACCGUCUACGGCAGCCAGUACACCCUGACCUCCGAAAUCUGUGUGCGACAGGAUAUUCCCCCGGUCUUACCCAAACGGGGCCGAGCUGUUCAGUUCGCAGCCGCCAAAGCGGACUCAGAAGCACGGAAGCAGAAGUGCGACGCGGGUCGAGGCGGUCCCCCCCUUGAGCGGCGCAAUGUGUUUUCGCUGGUGUCACGAUGGCUCCACUCUGAGGGGGGAGUGGGGCGGUUGAGGCAGCUGGUGCGGGAGGUGGACUCACACGCGGACGCCGGAGGGGGGGACGGGGUGCUGGAUAUGGAGGAGGUCAAGAAGCUGCUGGCACUGGCCGUCCCCUCCAUAUCGGAUCUGGAGACCCAGCUGUUCGUGGCGAUGGUGGAUAUGAACGGCGACGGAGCACUGAGUGAGGGGGAGCUGGUGCAGAGUGUGGUGGACUGUGCGGGUAUUGAUGAGGCCGUGUCGGCAGGGGGGGGAGGGGAGGGAGCUGGCGGACUGGCGGGAUCUGGAUCUGUAGCGGCGGGAGCGGGGGCCGGCCCCGGCAGCCCCGGCAGUUUGUUGGGCUGUUUGGAGGCGGCUGUCCAACACCUGCGGAGCAAUGUGACGGCAGUGGAGGCCAAGUUGGUGCAGAUGAACCCGCCAGGGGGGUACCUGACGUUCACCCAGCUCAGUGAGCUGUUCCAGGCAGUUGUUCCGGAAAGUCUGGGGGGUCGUGCGGCUGUCCGCGCUCUCAUGGCCCACGUCGGCCGCACCGCCAUCUUGUCCCCCCUGGACCCCGGGGUGCACCUGGGGGAGCUGAGGCGCUGCUUCGGACUGCAGGCCGGCACCGCGACGGACGGCCCGGCGGCGGCGGCCGCGGGGUGGGUACCGGGUCGGCCUAGGGACGUGUUCAAGCUGCUCCGAUACCACGUGAAACACAACCGGGCCCAGCUGGACGAGCUGUUCCCGCGGGGGUCGGACCUGACCGUAAACCAGGUUCGUCAUCUUGUACGACAGAUGCUUGAGUCCCGGGUGGGUGAGCCCCCGCUGACGGGGCGGGAGGCCCGGCACCUGGUUGCCGUACUGGACGUGAAUGGGAGCGGCACUCUCUCCCGCGAGGAGUUCGACAGUGGCCUCAAGAACUGCAGGGACAUCUCAGCGGCACUAACCCAGAUCCAGAUCCAAGGUCGGGGUCUGGAUCCCGCUGCUCUGCAGGGGCAGCUGGAUACACCCAUGUACCCCCUCGGCCCCCCUGGAGGGGCGGCAGGAGGGGGAGGGGGAGGGGGAGGGGCCGAUGCGAGGGCCCCCACCUGGGCGGACCUGCUGGGGGCCCUCAGGCAGCUGCAUGAGCUGCUGGGGGGCCAGAAUGAGGACGUGGAGGCGGUGUGGAGGAGACAUGACUCCAGGGGGAAGGGGAGGUUAGACGCGUGUGAGCUACGCAAGGUGCUGCUGGAGCUAUCUCCCCCCGGUCUGCUGCCUCUGCCCCUGCUGCGGGCGGUGCUCAUGUGCCUGGACCUGUGGGACCCCUCGGAGCACGCGCUCAUGUCCCGCAAGCACCUCCUGACGGCCCUGCGGGGGGACAGACCGCCGGACAGCCUGCAGCCCCCCCGGGUGGUGCCCCUGGCCAGUGUGGGACAAGGUGUAACGAUGGCAACGCGACCACUGCCGAGUAUCAGUCAAGGGUUGACUCAGGCCCUGUAUGGCGGCAAUGUGGACACGGGGCUCCCGGGGCUCCUGCCUGACCCGGCGCAGUGGGCGGAGUGGCACGGCAACGUCAAGACAGCGAACCGGCCUUCCGGGGCUGUGACACUUGGCGGUUCGCAGCUGCCCCCCAGUCCGGGGUUCUGGAGGGCCCAGUGGAAGUGGCACACCGCCUGGCUGGCGGCCAACACCGCCCACCGCCAGACGGCAGUAGCAGGUCCCCCAGCCACUGCUGCAACAACGUCCGCAUCCACAUCUACACUUGGACAGGGACAGAGCACCGCGGCUGCUCCCGCUGCGGUGGCGGCCACCAGCCCCGCUGCCACCACCCCCAGCCCCAACUGCCUGGAGUGCCGCAUGUGGCCCCAUGUGUCGGUGGCAGCAGUGCCGUACAUUAACGCUGUGUAUGGCAGCGAGCUGGCUGCAUGGACGAAAGCAGGUGCAGCUGCGGCGGGGGGUGCAAGUCCGCCGCCGCAGGGCCCUGGCGGCCGCCCCGGCCCCGAGCCCCCACCGGUAGGGCUGGAGGGAGGGUUGGGGUCCGUGGUGCCGGUCACCUACCCCGCCGCGCCGCCUGCGGGUCGCCCGGCCGGCCAAGGCGCGGGGCCUGUGGUGGAGGCGGUGGAGGUUGAGGGGGGCCCGGGGGCCCCUGAUGCCGCUGCACUGGGGGGUGGGCCGCAUGUCGCAGAGCAGCCCGAGGGGCCCCUUGCCACUCAGCUGCCGCAGCAGCCGCAGCCUCAGCAGCAGCAGGCGGUGGAGACGCCAAGGGACGGCGGGGACUCCUCUCUCGCUCCAGGGAAAGACCAGCCGGCUUCCCACAGGCCGCCAGUGCCCGCAGCUGGGCCGCUGGCCGACCCGCAGGCAGCUGUGCUCGGUGCAACAUCUUCACCCGUAGCGCCUGCAGCAGUUCAGCAGCCCGCGCCUGUGGCCGACACGCCUCAGCAGCCGGGCACCACGCAGGCGGGGUUGCCUCAGCAGCCGGGCACCACGCAGGCGGGGUUGCCUCAGCAGCCGGGCACCACGCAGGCGGGGUUGCCUCAGCAGCCGGGCACCACGCAGGCGGGGUUGCCUCAGCAGCCGGGCACCACGCAGGCGGGGUUGCCUCAGCAGCCGGGCACCACGCAGGCGGGGUUGCCUCAGCAGCCGGGCACCACGCAGGCGGGGUUGCCUCAGCAGCCGGGCACCACGCAGGCGGGGUUGCCUCAGCAGCCGGGCACCACGCAGGCGGGGUUGCCUCAGCAGCCGGGCACCACGCAGGCGGGGUUGCCUCAGCAGCCGGGCACCACGCAGGCGGGGUUGCCUCAGCAGCCGGGCACCACGCAGGCGGGGUUGCCUCAGCAGCCGGGCACCACGCAGGCGGGGUUGCCUCAGCAGCCGGGCACCACGCAGGCGGGGUUGCCUCAGCAGCCGGGCACCACGCAGGCGGGGUUGCCUCAGCAGCCGCCUGCGGCCGCCGAGGUGGCGGAGGCGGGGGCCCCAGGGCCGGAGCCGCUUCCGUCCCCGCCCCCGCAGAAGGACGUUACUCCCAGGUCGCCACUUCCGGGCGGUGUGCUGGAGCCAUCCGAUGUGAAAGGCUCCGUGGCAGGCAGCGACCUCCCUGCUGCUGCAGCUCCUGCUGCAGCGGCUGCUACUGCUCCGGUGGAUGUAGCGUCUGCUGAUGCGGCAGAUGCGGCUCCUCCUGUCGUGGGUGAGUCAUCUUCAGCAGCAUUAGCUGAUGUACCGGCGGCGGUGGUGGCACAGGCACCCGAGAAGCCGCCUGCUGAUGCGGCGGCGGCGGUGGCAGCGGUGGCUGCACCCUCAGUUGCACCACCGGUUGCAGGGGUGGCGGCGAUUCGUGCCGCAGGGCCGGUGGAGCUCCCUGCAGCUGUCACUGGUGUUAUUGCCGCUACUGCUCCAACCGCUGCAGCUGCUACGGCUACAGCAGCAUUGGAGGUACCGCCACCUGAAGCACCGCAACCGGGUGAGGGGCCGGAGGUGCGCGAGGUGACCAGGGGUAAACCAGUUUCGGAGCCCCGCCAGCCGCCUGCUGGACAACAACAGCUCGUCCAGGUGCCGCCGCUAUUAGUCCCCGCGCGUGUACUGUCGUACAAGGUCGUACUGGCGCCGGGUGCUCAGCUGGGUGAUGUGGACUCUGUCAUGUUGAAGACCAGCAGCGGUACCAGGACUGGUAGCAGCGCCGCAGCCCCCUGCUACCUGGACAAGGUGGAGGUGAUGUGCAGCAGCAGUGACCCGCCCCUGCUGUGGGAGGUGACGGUGCGGCGCUGGCUGCGACCUGGGGAGCCGCUGGGGCCCCUCAGACCCGACCCAGUCGCCUGGGAGGAGUGGGACAUGGGGCAGGCUGGCGACUCCUCUGGAGCGCCUGGUUGUGUAGUGUACCUGAAUCGCAACCUGGGGGAAGUCAGCUGGAGGACCCCGCCCCGGAGCCCACUGCCCGCAUUGCCAGCUGCCCCCGCAUGCGCCUUUGUGCACAUCCUCGGGUGCUCCGCCUGGGGCGUCUUCUGUCGCAAGGCAUACACCGGUAUUCAUCCACCCGGUUUGCAGUUGGCCUCGGGGGAGUGGGCCCAGCUGUCGGGUGUUCCCCCGCUGUCAGUGCCCCGUGUCCGGGUGCGCUUCCUGGACUGCUUGAAAAGCCCCACCGUGUUCCGAGCCGUGCGAGUGAGAAGCACCUACGAGCUGGGCUUCGGGGGCCAGCUGGGCGCUGUGCCUGGACAAGAGGUGCGAGUACGGGGGGAAUGUUGCGGCCAUUCAAUUGCCGUUAUGGCGCGAGGGGGAUUCAAAGCGGGGGAUCCCGAGGACACCAACUCCAAACGCCUCCAACCAGCCAUGUACGGCAAGGGAACCAGCGGUGCUGCCCCUGGGCCGUCUGCCGCCAGCACCGCCGCCACCGCUGCAAGCACCGCCCCAUUCGAGGACCCUCUGGGCGGUGGUCCGUUCCCGGGCGCCCGGGAGUGUGUGGUUCUGAGCUACUCUUUGGAGGCAGCUGCGGAGCAGCUGGGGGACGGGAAGUACCUGUGGCUGGACGGCUAUGUGGCCCUGGAUGACAGCUCAGGCACCCCUCCUGCCCCUGUGCGGUUCAGCGUGGUUCGAGACGGGGGCCUGGUGUGGGCGAAAUGGGUCCGGGCGGCUGGGGAGGUGCACCGCUGCUGUGUGCCCCUGCUGGGGUGCAGGCAAGUGGGGCAGUUGCAGCUGGUCGUGGAGACCGACUUCAGUGGCGGCUGUCGGGCCGUGUGGCUGGACCCCUGCCUGCUGUGCGGCCCGCUCGUGGAUAAGGCCUUGACGGCCGCACUGGAGAGAGCGGCGAGCAGGGAGAACAACGAGGUCGCGGACUGCUCGGGAGGGGACGUCAAAGUGUCGUUCGUCACCGAGGCGGGAGGAGCCGUCAUGUACAUGGCCCCUGCACACUCGGUGCCUGCAGAGGUAUCUCGCGCUAGCAGCACUGCCAGCUACCGGAUCAGUGUCUUCACGGGGCCCGAGAAGAACGGCGGCACCCGCGGCAAGGUGUUCAUGCGACUGCAGGGCAGGCAGGGGACGGGAGCGAACUCUACCGCCGUCAAGAGCAGCCUCGUGUGCAUCAACCCGGACGGCACUGUCCUCAAAGAAGGUGACAAGUACUCCGUGUUGGAGCCGCUGAGUCUGCCCUGGAUGGAUGAGGUGGAGGGUGUGGUGCUGCAGCACUGCCCCGCGCCCGCCGGCCUGCUGGGGGCGGGCGGGGCAGUGGGGGGAGCCAGUGACUGGAGUAUACAACAUGUGGAGGUGUCCUGUGAGGAGACGGGUCGCACCUGGUACUUCGUUGCGGGUGGCUGGUUCCUGGAGCUGGCCAGGAAGCAGGCGGCGGGGGCAGCAGGGCAGAGGACUCCGGGGGCCGUCAACAGGUUGCCCCCCGCCCAGCUGGAGCUGGUGCUGCCCCGGGUUACAUCCCCCACACAGCUCAAGGUGGUGUUUCACAUCAUCAGCUCAGGAAAGGGUGUGGGAAUGGGCAUCGAUGGCGACCUGCAGAUGGUGCUGGUGGGUAUGGACGGCGGUGGCUACCAGUACGCCCCGCUGACCCUCCCGGGCCGCUCCAUUGAUGGGCCCCACGAGAGCCGGCUGCUGGAGAGCCCCCUGCCGCUGGGGGAGCUGCAGUCCGUGGAGCUCAGCUGCAAGCAGCAAGGCUUGCUGGGUACUCGUCUGCAGUUUGUCGAGGUGGUGCGGCUAGUAGACGCAAAGCACUUCCUUUUCCUUCCUCCAGCCCUGGACCCCUCCGAGGCAGCAGACACCGCGGGGCCCAGUCGGCUGGUGCUGCGGGCCGCCACACAGCCGUACUUCCGCAUAUCCACCUUCACCAGCGCGAUACCCGAGGUGAGUGGACGGGUAAGAAGGUCAAUGGACGCCCUGUACUGCGCUGAGCCUGCCCGGUUGCAGGGGCUGUUGCCAUGCCGCCCCUAUCCCCACGGCCCGGCCUCUCUCAAGGCCAGCACUGAUGCCCGAGUGUACAUCGACCUGUUCGGCGCCCGGGGUAAACUGCUGGACCUGUACCUGCGGGAUGCAACGGGGGACAGCUUCAAUGAGGGCUGUGAGGACGUAUUUUUCUUCCCGGAUCCCGGGCUGGGUGACCUGGGCAGUGUGUGCAUCUCGCACGAUGACUCAGGGGACUCUCCCAACUGGCAUCUGGACCGCGUGGAGAUCACCCACACCGGCACCGGGCGCACCAGCGUCUUUGUGUGCAAGCAGUGGAUAGGUCUGGGCGCCAACCGCCGAGACGGAGGUCAGCCUGAGGGCCGCUUCGGACCGGAUCGGGUAUUGGAGCGUGUGCUGUACCCCACACAUGUCCUUGCGGCGGUGAAGAAUGGGACACCUCUUCUCCGCUACCACGUCAUCUUUCACACGGAGAGCCCGCGGGGGGAGCUGAGCCACACUGCGGAGGCCCUGCAGCUGGUGGGGCAGCAGCAGCAGGUGUCUGGCGACGGGGGUGGUUUCCAGUUUUCCGAGGUUGUCAUUUUGGACAGCGGCCGAGCAGAUAUGGACUUGGAGCUGGAUAUGCAGUACGUACGGCACAUCCAGACGAUCUCUCGAGGAGAGGCUCAACGCGGCCUCGAGGAUGGGGAUGCAGCCCCGCCGCCUCCUACUGGAGCCGCGGCUCGCCGUACAUACCAGGUGGUGCUCAAGAAGCUGGCCGUCUUCCAGCCCCGCGCCAACAUAGUGCUGCAGGGGGGGCUGGGUGCCAGGCAGCUGGCGGUUGUGCUGCAUGGCUCAUUGGACAGUUGCAGGCCCAUUCUUCUGGGAGCUGACAAUUGCACCACUCCGUGGAUCAAUCCGUUCACAUCUCAGGCUGAUGACGUGUUUCAGGUUUGGCGGGUCGGUGGGUGUAAGGCGCCCGGAAUCCGGAGGGUGCGGGGCGGCCGUUGUGGUGGUCGUGGUGGUGGUGGUGACCGUGGUAGUGCUGCUGCUCGGGGUGUCUGGGUGACAUCUGACACCCCUCUGGGAUCCCGGCUGCUGCGGGUGGAUGUACGGCUACCGGGCACUGCUUCCCCCGACUGGGGUAUUUUGUUGGAGUCUGUGACUAUUAGGGAUCCGUCCACGGCCAUGGACGACCCCUGGGAGUUCUUCGCCGGGUCCCGGGGCCAGUGGGUGGGCGUAUCUCCGGACACCCCCGAAGGUGCGGCAGGAGGUACUCAGGCGGUACACCUGCUGCCAGCGGGGUGCUGUGCAGUGUCAUUUGUGAGCAGGCCGCUGCAGGACCUGGUGGCGCUGCAUGUACGACAUGACUCCCCGAGUUUGCGGCCCGGCUGGGGGCUGCGUUGCAUCGAUGUCCUGGUCAGCCCGGCCCCAGGAGCGCCCGUCCGGGGUGACAUGUCCACAACGGCUGCGGCCGCGGAGGUCGCCUCACCAGCAGCUACCGCGGGCCAGCAGCAGCAGCAGCAGCAGCCGCUCCAGGGGGUGCCAGCCGUGCCGCCACCAGCUGCUACCACCCAGCCGCAGUUGGAGGAGGAAACUGGCGGUGGGGGGCUGAUGGCGCCUGUUGACACAGCCGCCACCGAAGCCCUGAUGCAGACUAACCAGGAACCGGAUCUGGAGCGGCUGCAGGCGCUGACAGAGGAGUACCGGGCGGAGGUUGCGGCCUACCUGCAGUCGCUAUCGAGCCCUGGGGCUGCUGGGACGGACCUUUUUACCCUCAUGAGGGCGAGGAUGCGGGCCGAGCCCAACCUGCUGCCCAGGGAGUUCCGACGGCUAGACAGGGACAAGGACGGGAAGCUCACCAGCCAGCAGAUUUACACAUUGGUUCCUGGGCUCCUCCCGGUGGAGGUGAAGUGCUCUGAGCAACAGUCCAUAUAUUUGGGGGCCAUGAUAACACUGGGGUCUGAGGAGCCCCUGGACCAGGCGCAGGUCAUGUCCGCUAUCAAGGCCUGUCGGGGCGCUUACAAAGAGGCCGCAUCCAUGGUCCGCAUGGUGGAGAGCGGUGGCGUGGACUGGUACCAGUUGGCCCAGGAGGACGGUCUGGGUGUUGGGUUGGCGCUGUGCCGCCUGGCAGAACAACUUGUGCAGCCCGACAACAUUCAAGGUGCUGUGGAAGCCUUCCAGCAGUACGACACAGAUGGUAGUGGAUACCUGGAAAUUGGGGAGUUAUGCAAGGCGCUGCAGUCCCUCCCUGACCUGACGCUGGGUAGGAGGGAGAUGCGACUUCUGCUGGCGUACCUGUUCCAUUUUGGUGACAAGGACAAGGAUCUUCGGAUGUCGGUUUUGGAGCUCCAGAACUCGCUGGUGCCCUUCGUGCCCCGGCCACCUGCAGAGGAGCUUGAGUGGGCCUACCAGACCUACAAGGCCUCACAUAACCUGGCGGCACUGCUGCGGGCCGUCAACAAACUACAGCCGGCGCUGCUGCCAUCGGCUUGUAUGAAGGUCAAAGCAGCAGCGGUCUCUGCAGUUGCAGCACAGCCUUCUGAAGCAGCAGUAACAGCAGCCUUGCUUGGCGAGGGUGUUGACUCAGUGCCUCUAGCCCUCUUGGUGGACGUUGUGGAUGCUGUGGUCCCGGGUUUGGAGGUACACCGGCAGGAUGUGGCCCAUCUUCAGCUGUUGAUUGCCCUGGACUCUGGGAACAAUGAAACCUUGUUUCUGGAAAAGGAACUUCAGAGCGCUGAGCGGGUGCUGCAGCGGCUUGCUGGCGUGCUGGUGCAGGAUGAGGGCGGGCAAUUGGCAGCAGCCUUCCAAGUGCUUGACAUGGAUCACAGUGGCUACCUAGAUGGACAAGAGCUAUGUACCGCCAUCCGGAAGGUGGAGGAAAACAUUACCGAUGAAGAGCUGCGGAUCUUGCUGGCAUACAUCCAAAGGUAUGCAGACAACGACAGAAACGGUCGCAUUUCUUUGGAGGAGCUCCAGGUUAGGCACUACUGGGAUCCGUCUCGGGCCCUUAUGGCCAACACCAGCCUGUGCCUGCCAUAUCCUGCCUUCAGGCAACAGAUCACCACUGAAAGGCACAUCAUGUGCCACCUGACAUGUGCCUAG